GCACGCUACACGCCGGACAAACGACGCCAUAGGUCGAACUUCAACAUCGCCAACUUCAUCUCCUGCGCCCGCCAUCCGCACAUCCUGCUACGAUUGCGCAACUCGCCAUCCGAAUCGACAAGACACCCAGUCUUAGGCUAGAGUGCCAAAGCCUUAAAUAGCUGCGCGCUGCAGCACCGCCGCGAAUGGCAAGCUGGCUUUGAGCCUUCUCUCCCGCACACCUGUUAUCACCAUGGCCGUUGCCAAGCAACAAGAGCUCCAGACGGCAGUGCGCUACUGGUCCGACUUUAUCUCCAAGUGCAUCUCACAGCGCCUCGACACCGACCAAUUCCGCGAUUACGUGCGCCUCGUCCACGCAAAAUACCCCCUCCGCCCCGUGGCCAUCGCCGACUUCAUCCUCCGCCCGCAGCCCUCCAACAACGUCUCCCUCGACCCGCGGAUACCGCCGUAUAUCCAAGUCCUCAGCCAAUUGGGCUAUAUAGAUGCGCCGUCGAUUCUUCGCGCCCUCUAUAAGCACUCGGCGCUACAUGCGGCGACACCGGGCGAUGGCAAAGAUGGCGACAAAGCAAAGGCGCGUUGGAAGAGCUCGUCCUGGGCUGAAGAGAUCAUGUUCUACCACGUAAUCAAGACGGUUGUGGAAGGCUCUGGAUUCAAAGACGCCCUGGGCGCGCUUGAGCUGGUGGAUGUGAUUUGCAAGUGGAUGCACCUGUUUGUCGCAGCCUCAAAUGCGACAGCACUGGAUGCGCUGCAGGCACGAGAGGAGAUGGAGAUUGCGAGGGCGGCGUUUGUCCCGCUUCUACUUCGCGUCGUUGAUAAUGUAUAUUUGCUGAAGGUAUUGGCACAGCCUACCUCGAAAGCUUUGCGCAAGCUCUUGUCUGACAGCCUGGCUAGCUUUAUACCGAUUCUGCAGCCGGUGCCGCAGUUUGCAGAGAAGUUGGAAGUUUUUAGGACCGAGACGCUUGCCCAGAUGGACCCAAUUGAUAAGAAGAGCUCGGCCGCGGCUAAUGCUGCCAUGGACGAGCUGCUGGAUUCGACUGUCGGAUCGGAGAACUUUGUUAUUCCCGAGAUUGCCAUUUCCACAACACGGACAGGUCUUUUUGUGUAUCUCAGUGCUUCACUCAUCGGUCGACCCAUCUUGGACGACCACACCCUGUUUUCGUACCUUAACAACCGACAUCAAGGAAACACACAGGCUAGCGCCAUUGAUUUGAUCCUAGCAUCCUUCGAUGUCCUAGCCUCUGCAGCAUGGAAGAAGCCCAACUCCAAUGACGGCAACCUUCUACGCUCGUAUCUCGUCAACAAAGUCCCACUGCUCCUGUGCCAGCUCGUACCGCCCGAGUUUUCCACAACGACAUCGGAGUUCUGCAUCACAGAAGCUCUCAAUCAACUGGAUAACAAUGUCUUCCCAACCGCCUCUCUCAUGUUUGAUUCUAUCCAGGAGAGCAAUCAGCACACCGACAGCGUCCGCGAGGAGUUCUGUUCAGCCUGUGCUCUGCACGGCCUCAUUGACCGUGGGCACGUUGACAGAAUCCUCGGCGAGCUGUCGAUGGCGUACAACCCCAAUCUACAAAAGCAAUCAAAGGAGACGCUCGUGCAGGAAUGCCUGACAGACCCGUCCAAAAUCCAAGGCCUUCUACUUGAGCUUGAAAAGAUGGAUGGCAACGUCGGCGCAGUUUGCCAAGCGCUUGUCGAGCUUAUCCGCCAGCUGUGUAACAAUAAAGAGACCAUGACGCUUAAGUUGCUCUGUUCUCAGCUGGCGCAGAAACCCCAGUCGCUAGAUAUUCUACUUCUCUUUGAGAAGCUGCCAGCCAUCAUGGCGCCGCUGUGCCAGCUCCUCGACGGCUGGAAGUACGACGACGAUCAGACUGAGUACCAGCCCGUCUAUGACGAAUUUGGAUCCAUCCUGCUACUCGUACUGGCUUUUGCUUACCGGUAUAAAGUGUCGAGCACUACGCUUGGCGCGCCGUCGAACGAUUCUGCUAUUGCGAGAAUCAUCAACAAGAGCCACGCCAGCCGCUCACUGGACGACCUCUCCGAACAAGAAAAGAACCACGUCAACGGCUGGAUUCAGGGUCUCUUUGACAGCGAUGCUGGAGGCCUUGGCGACGACCUCAUGUCUUCAUGUCCCCCUGGGGACUUUUACCAGCUUAUUGGUACCAUUUUCCAGAGUAUUGUGACUGCCCAUGCCCACGGCUAUGUGAACGAAGAAACACUCAAGGGUGGGUUUGAAUACCUUGCGGAUACUUUCCUGCUCCCGUGCCUCGCCCCGGCCAUGCUCUUCCUUGCCGACUACCUGUGGGUUGACCAGAAGGAGCAAAAGUCCAUCAUCAAGAUCCUCCACAUGGCCAUGACGCCCAGCUCCAACCAAGAGGCCAACAUCAUGCUCAUCUCCGUCAAGAACCUGAUUGCGCAGCCCCUCACGCACGCCCUGCGGACAUACCAACGCGAAGACCCGCGCAACCAGGAGGUCGAGCCUCUGAUCGAGUCUCUACGUGAAAACGUGCCGCUGUCACGCCGCACAGGAUGCGCCGAAAACACCGAACUCGAGAAAUGGGCAAAUUCAUCGUCCGCAGGCCUCACAGGUGCUCUGCGCCAAACGAUGCAGAGUCUCAUCCAGUGGAGUCUGCAAUCAGGCACCAGUAGCCCGCCUCCCGACUACACACACCGUAAGCUCGUUGCUGGCGUCAAGAUCAUCGGUGCUCGGCGCCUACUCCGCCUCAUCGUCGACGAGGUGCGGCAGCAGACAGACGCGGGUCAUGCUGGCGCCGCCUACGACCUUGCUGUUGCGCUAAUUGCAGCACCGGAUGUAACUGCUGGGCCUACGUCUGCGUCGAGCCCGCUAGACCUGCGCGGCGCCCUCAAGGCUGAGGCCGACGACUGGAAGAUUACGCAAAAGAAGGAUGCGCAGCGCGCGGAGAUUAUUGUCCGUCUGCACCGCAAGGUCGAGGCUCAGCUGCUUAUUCCCCCGCCGGAACCUAUCCUACAGGAUGCAGAGAUGACUCUUAUAGCGGCGGAUGCGACGCAGCUGGACGAUGCUAUUACGGCGGCUGUCGACGACACUAUGGCUGUAGAUGCCAGUGUCUUGGACGCGAGCGCUCUGGAUGCUACAGCGCUAGAUUUGGCACUUGAGCCGGUGACGGAGGGCGAUUUAUUUGACUUGGAGGGCACCAUUGACGUCUUUGACGGAUGGGAUAGCAUGGAUUUGGGGGGUGGCGAUCUUUGAAAUAGCGGGAGUUUAGUUUUUAAUUUGUACAGAAGUCGCAAUGGGAUAGCGGAAACAAUGAAAAAGUUUAUAUGUCAAAGUCAUGUGUUGUUUUAGAUAAAUUGUUAGACACACAAGGCUCGGCUUCUUAUACAACGCCGUUACUGGUGUCCUUUUUACCAUGCCGCUUCCACAAACCGAAUCUCUUGGACUCACUAGAUGGUUUGAGAUCGUCCGAUCGCAUCGACCGGAUAGAAUACAUCGUAUCCUCGCGCGUUGGCCGCCUCUUGAGCAAUGCUGCUCGACGAGCCUGCCGGGCCUCUAGCGCCGCAGCAAUGCGAUCAAACAGCACGUCACUCUGGUACCCAUAGACAAAGGCUACUGUAAAGACUACGACAGUGACGGGGAUGCCAAUCGCCCAAAACAAGCGCUGGUCAUUGUCCAUGUCCCGGAUAUCAGCAGUGUUCAUGCCAAGGAAACUCGUGACAAAGGACCUACACACAAGUUAGCAAGACUCAAGAUUGGCAAAGGAACAAUCAAGUAUGACAUACAGUGGGAGGAAGAAUAGCGUAACAAGCGUGAAUACGCGGAUGGCUUUGCCAUGACCUUCUUCCAGAAUAUCAAUGUUUGCGCGGACCUCGUCCUUGAGUCGUCUCGCUUCUCUGGAUAGCUUGGCAAGCCUAUCAUCGCGGUCUUCGAGAUGGCGCACUUGGCGAUUAAUCAAUAGUUUUUCGAACCUAUAGUUGAUUUCACGAUCUUGUGCCGUAACUGGGGAGGAUGCUGGAGAGAUCAGCUGGUCGUAGUCCUUCAGACAGCGUAUUUGGCUUUUGGUCAGCGCGCUGAGCGCAUCAAUCUCGUCACCAAACUUGUUCAGGUUCAGAUGAAGUCGACGGUCUGGGCGUCGGGUGCCUUGAUACCGCAGUCGCCAGAGACGCUGGCGGUAUAGCUCGCUUGUUUCAGGGGAGUCUUCGUCAAUGGGUCUGUUUUGCAGAUUGAUACUGAGGGCUGCGACGAGGAACUCUGGGCCAAUAGCCUCGACAAAGUCAAACUCGCGAGUCUUUGAGCCGAGAAGUAGUUCCGCUUCGGCAGUGUCAAGCAAGUAUCUAAUGUUGACCAUGAUUUUAUCUCGGAACAUUUGCAGACUCGAUGCAAGCCGAGAGCAUCUAGCGCCGUUUGGAUAUUGUAUGUCUGCCCGGACAAUGUAUGUCAGCUCACGGGCAACAAUGGCAUACAUGGAGACAGUAUCCUGAAAGAGGUAUACAAGAUCCGAUAGGAGAGGCAGUGUUUUGUGCUUGGUGGGAGUAGACGACGCCACGAGGCAGUGCAGGUUGUGGGUGCGCGCUGUGAUCUCGAGGAUGUUGUUCACAAGAUUAUCGAUUCCAAUAGCGACUCUGUCACCAGUCUGCAUGGGAGGCAUCUCGUCAAUGCAAGAGAGCCAGAUAAAACAGGGAUCUUCAGAGGGUAUCUUCAAGUCGUGCUCAUGUGAACAUUGCAUGUGCGUCGAGUGCAGAUGGUCAAGCGCAGCAGCACACCCAGCAUAAGUAACUUUGCUAGUGCAGUCUUUACACUGGUCAAAGGCAAGUUUGUUGCCGGCCAUAGGGAAUUUGCGGAUGAUCCAUUGCUUUGAUUCCCGUGAGCGAAGGGGAGCGGCAGCAAGUUGCUGCAGAAGCUAGUUAGCAUUGACACGCACCCUUGUUUCUGGGCAUUAUCACGUACUCUCAAAAUCGUAUCUACAAAGCCCCAGAGACGUUGAACGAGUCUAUGGGUGGUAGCAUCGCCCUUUCUAGGAACAAAAUCCUCCAGAAACAAGUUUGUCACCUCAAUCAAGCGCCCAUGCCUAGCAUCAACAAGUGUAACCUGGCUAUCAUUUGUUGAAGCCUCAGAUGUAUCGGAUGAGGACUCGUGAAGAGAAUCCGGUGUUUCUUUUACCGUUGAAUCAUUGUUUUGUGUCGAAGUGUUUGGCUCUGACCUGAAAGAAGGAUUUUUGGACUGUUCAGCAGUAAUCCCAUGCUGUGAGCCAUUAUCAUUGCGAUUGCCAUCUGCAACAGACUCCUUGACAUCGGGAAGCUCGCCAACCACUUCAGAAGAGAUUUGACGCGUCUGCAAGUCAGCCAAAGUGCAGGUAAAGCCGUCCUGGUGUAGUUUGCUGGUGCGUUCUUUGAGUAGGAGCUUAAUAAUACGAUUUAGCACUUUGAUUACACCGUCAGUAAUUUCCACCUGAGACAGUGAAGCCGUUGAUUUCCAAGUAAAGAAUGGCCUUUUGACAACCCUGUUGGGGAUAUUUU